AUGACGGACUGCCAAGACCCCGAGAUGGAACAAGGUUCCAACUUGCCGUUGCCUCCUGGUAUUGACGGCGAAGAGACAAAUGAGCCGCAAGUCGAGUCCGAACUAGAAAGCCCAAGUACACUUGCAGAGAAAGUCCUUGCCGAAGCACAGCAGGCUUUAGCUGAUAGCUGUGAUGUUAGCCGGGGUGACUACCUCUUCGGAGGUCCAGAUCUCGACCCCGAAAUUGAGAAUGGCCACGCUGGAUCUGAGGGAGAGGUUGACGGGAGACGCAUCAUGGAUGAAAUUCCUGCCCCUUCACCUGGACAGCUUGACACUUUCAAUAGCUUGGUUACGCAGGCUACGCUUAGUGCCGACGUCAGCGACGGGCUGAAGUUGCCGUGGGAGCAGGGAAUUUUCAAAACUAUUUUUGAUGACGCCCCACUAUGGGGGCUCCCAGAAAUCCCUCAAAUCUCCCAGUCAACAUGUGGACAAUAUCCAGAACCUGAAGAACUUGAGAUUGACUAUCCAUAUCCAGAGCCCAGAGCCAAAGUGGCACGGACAUCUCGGGUGGUGCAUGGCCUUUAUGACAGAGCGAUCAGCUUCGGUCUGACUUUAACCGACCAAGAAAUUGACAAGAACAAGUGGGCACGAUCUCUGGAAAAAUUGUACACGCUCUUCACCGUGAAUUCUUCCAGCUGCCCUGAAAGUCUGAAGUUGGUAGCCGAUGACAUGGAACAGAACCUUGCCCGCAUCAGACAUCUCUGUGGCCUUAAGAGCUCAGGGACAAUCUUGAAGCGUGCAAACAGCUUGCUACGAUAUGUGGCGUGGCACAGAUCAUUCUACUACCAGCGACAGCCCUUUCCUUUCGCCUUUAACUGUGCAUGUUUGAAAAACACCGAAAUGAACCUGUUCGACCGGUACGCGGCGGGCUCCUUUCUGUUCGCUAUUUACGCUCGAUGCCGCUGGUCAGACAUGCGAGCUGUCAACUCGUUCGACUUUGACGUUUCAACAGAAGAAAAUCACGUGCAUGGUUUCCUUGGAUUUACAACUUUCAAUCACAAAACGGCAUCGCAAGUUGCCAGACAUGGCUUACCUUUGCCCUUAGUUGCCCCAAUCUGGGGCCUUGAAGCCCCGGCCUGGGGCUUGAUGUGGAAGAAGGUAGCUCGAGAAGCCGGGGUGGACUUCAGCGAAGCCUUCGCGGGCCCAGUGCUGCCGGCUCCCCUCAAAAAUGGAACAUGGGGGUCGCGUUCAGUUGGAUCCAGUGAAGCGAGCAAAUGGCUUCUUGCCCUACUCAACAAAGUCAGCGACAACCUGGAGACAGUGUCAUCGCACUCCCUAAAGUGCACUACACUCUCAUGGUUAGCAAAAGCUGGAGCGGACGAAGCCCACAGGUUGGUGCUAGGACACCACAGCAGUGGGCGAGGAUCCCUGGAGAUCUAUUCCAGGGACAUGCUCGCAGCCCCUUUGCGCACUCUCGAGGGGGUCCUCAGACAGAUCCGUGUUGGGGCACUCCAACCAGAUCGCACUCGGUCUGGAAUUAUCCAGAAACCCACAAGAGAUGAUUGUAGAGACACAGAUCCUCAGAACAGCGGCACAGAAGAACAGCCUGGACGGGAGGCAUCCAGCAGUUCAUCUUCUUCAUCUACAUCAAGCUCAGACUCCGACUCAGCCGACAAUGAGUCAGAUGCGGAAGACCAGAUUGGGCAUUGGGCCAAGCUCUCCCAGGCCACUUCGUUGGUGUACUCCACUGACGCCUUGACGUCUCGGGCCAAGAAAGCCGGCUUGAGCCAAGAGGAGAUCGAUGCCAUUUUGGCGAGCAAUGUGAAAAGCCUUGCGCAACUUGCAUUUGCAGUCUCGCCUCCAGGUGCGUCUCCGUCAGAUAAUGCUGUUCGUGCUUUCUUUGGAGGAUCAGUAGCUGUCAACCUUGCCACCAUCACUUCGUUCAAGCUCCUUGUUUUUGAAGCCCAUACGUUGGUGGUAGCCAACAUCAAAUCAGAAGUCACCAAGCGUGACGAACCAGCCACUCAUAGUGUCCUUCCGCCAGCUGAGAGGGAUCGUCGCAUCCGUGAGCAGACAAAUCGCCUCAAAGGCUUGAGGUUCCGAGGGGACGAAGAAUGCGCCCAUAGCAACUAUGACCUCGUUUUUUCCUUGAUCGAAAAGGACACUUUGCUUUACAUUCACCCAGAAAAGUUCAUUACUCGCCGUUGUGAACUCCAACAGAAACGGCCAAGCAAGGAGGUCGUCCUUGACCACAACUCACUGACGGUGAAAGAAAAGCAGAGUGAGCUGACAUGUUCCACCCGCACGGAACUUGAAUUGUUCCAAGCCAUGAGUUUCAGAACAAUUGGUAUUCACCGAAAUCCAGAGGAUUUCGUCAAAGAUGCCCUGGCUUGCAAACAUCCAAGCACUGCAAGUGAUGAGUUGCCACCCCCUAUGUUGAGGGCGAUCAAGUUCACGACGGAACACACUCCUGAGCAUGUUGGCAAGACCAGAUCCUCUGUUCUCAGAGAAAUGGUGGCCAAAGCAAGGGAGCUGACUCAAGGCGAGGAAGAUCUGAAAAGCAGCCUGUCAGUGCGCAGGAGAGAAGAGCUGUGCCUUUUCAUCGGAGAGAUCCUUGAGAAGGGAACUCUGAGCCGGCCAGAUGCCGAGCGCCUUCGAGGGCGGCUGCAGUUCGCCUCAAACCAUCUCUUCGGCAGAAGGUUCAAGAACUGUCUGCGUGAGCUCAAUACACAUAUAUCUCGAGGCUUCAAAAGUUUGACGCCCUUGCGCAUGAUAUCCCACGUGCUGGAGUUGAACAAACCACGCGUGGUGGACACUUGUCAUUUUGAGUGGGUGCAUCUCUACGUGGACGCGGCGUACGAGCCGGCGGGGCAGUCUGGAAUAGGCGGCUUACUUCUGGUCGUCGAAUCCUUGAGUGACAUGAAAAGGACCAGGGUGGACCUUUUGACUAUGUGGAAGAAAUGCUUGGAAGAAGUGAGAGACGUCACCCUUUACACAGGGGAAUGGCGCGAUGACGUCGGCUGA